AUGGCUCUAGAGACUGUUGUUUUCCAGCAAGAUCCUUUUAGCUAUGCUGAUUGGAAAGAUUAUUGCGAUAUGGGGGAUUAUAGCUUUGACUUUGGGAUUCAAGAACAGAAGCUUAAUACUGAACAAAUAUCAAGUGGAUAUUGGGAUUCUACACCGUCAUCUAUUGCUCAAAGUGUGAAAGAUUGCGAGACCAACAACAGUUCUUCACCGGAAAUUUGUGCCGGGCAAGGGAUAUUUUCCGGCGGAGAAUACUCUUCCAUUGUGGCUCCGGCAGUCACCACCAGCCGGCGCAAGAGGAGAAGGAUCAAGAGCUCCAAGAACAAGGAAGAAAUUGAGAACCAAAGGAUGACCCAUAUUGCCGUCGAAAGAAAUCGGCGGAGACAGAUGAAUGACUACCUUGCCAUCCUCCGCUCCUUGAUGCCCCCUUCCUAUGCUCAAAGAGGAGAUCAAGCAUCAAUUGUUGGGGGGGCUAUUAAUUUCGUGAAGGAGCUUGAACAACUCCAACAAUCUUUGGAAGCCUAUAAUGUGGCCAAGAAGCAACACUGCACUGUUACCAGUAUUCACUCCCAUUUAUUCUCCAAUUUCUUCUCCUUUCCUCAAUACUCAACGUGUCCAACUCGCCACGGAAAUUCGACGGCCGGCAGCAGCGCCAGUGAUAUAGCAGAGAAGCAGUCUACGGUGGCAGACAUCGAGGUGACAAUGGUUGAGAAUCAUGCUAACAUCAAAAUAUUAUCUAGGAAAAUGCCAAAACAGCUUUUGAACAUGGUAACUGGAUUACAGUCUAUUUUUCUAACAGUUCUUCACCUUAACAUCACCACCGUUGAUCAAUUGGUACUCUACUCCAUCAGCGUUAAGGUUGAGGAUGAUUGCCAGCUGAGUACAGUGACUGAAAUUGCCAAUGCUGUGCAUGAUAUGUUAGAAAUUAUUCAAGAAGAAGCUAUGUCUAGCUGA